AUGCCGAGCGAGGAGGACCGCGUUACGCAGGCGCAGGGAGCGGCGGACUGCCGCGCGGCGGGACUACCUCGGGCAACCGAGGCAGCUCUGUCGGCGGCUGCAUCCGCCCCCCCACGUAUGACGACGCUGCAAUCGACUGCGGACUGCGCUGCGGUACACCCAAUGCGCACUAGCCCGCUCACACCAGAGCAGGUGUACCUAGUUGUACACCGACUAUCGCGGGGCAUUGUGUACCCUGAACAGGAAGCCGACGAACGAGCACUCCGCGCGUUCCAACAGCACCUGAGGUCACUUGGCUGCGAGGUAUUCGAAGAUGUGAGCGUACCGUCGGGAGCCAGUGAAGAGACCUCAGAUACGCCGUUUGCUGUACCGUCAGGCGCGACGACAGAGCACGCCACUGCCCUGCCACGAGACAGCACAAUCCCAGAGGCCAACCUUGGCGAACUGCUCGAGGCGGAAACCAUGGAUACAGCGCAGCCCUCUAGAAAGAGGCCUGCAGCUGCGGAGGAGGAAGAUUCCGCCGCCAUCUCUGAUUCUACCUGCAUGCAAAGUCAGAAGAAGAAGACGCCAGAAGCUGCUGCCCACUCGGAGGCAGAUCAGGGGACCGACGACGGCUUCGUUGUCCCGAAGCGGCGGCACACUGCUCGGGCCAAACGGCUUGAGAGAGUGCAGCCGCUGCCGACAGCGAACUCAUUCGUCGACGUUCCUGACGAGCCGGAGCCCAUGGACGACGCUGAGGCACCCAAGAGGCGGGCACCCGCCCCGCCACCGAUUACAGUAUCGUGGAAGGACACAUACCAGUCCUUCCUCGAGAAGUUCCAGACGGUAUCGUCCACUGCCAAGAUCAAAUGUGCCGGUCGGGACUUAGGCUGCGCCGCCUUCAAACGCGGCCCACGGCAGCAAGGACGUGCGGCACCGGCACGAAAGGUGCAACCAGGCACCAGCUUCGCCUCUGCCACCAAGGGGGAGUCCUCGGACGCCCCCAGGGGGCGGCGGACGGACGUCGCGACCACCAAGGCGCCCAACCAGGCAACUGGCGCCCAGGACGACCAACACCAGGGCGGACGGCUAAACCGUCCCCCCACCUCAGACAGGCCGCAAGCUGCUAGGCGUGCGGUCCCGCUAACGGACGCAGCCACUCCGCUGCGCCCCGCCGCCCACGCACCCGCAACCGCGGCACCUCCUGCAGCAAUUCCGCGACCAGAAGCAGCAGACCUGGGAGCAAUGUUGAGCUCCCUCUCUGCCCUGCUACAGCAACUGCCGGUGCUCGUCACCGCCAACACCAAGAUGGCAGAUUCCGCCGGUGUUUCUCCCGCCAUAACCCGCAGCAAAGCUGCAGCGAAAGAGGCGCUCGGGUCGACUGACCCCGUCGACGCCAGCGUCCCGCUUGCCGCCGUGGGGGAGGUAUUGGCCGACAAGGAUCGGCAGAUCGCGCAGCAAGCGCAGGAACUGCUGGACCAACGUCGGCUGAUAACCGACCUUUGCGGCGCAAACGACACACCGAAGCGCACCACGCUUCACAUCACGCUUCACUCGCCUGCUACUGGUGACUCCUGCACGACCGUCCCGCUGUCGCUGCUGACUCCAGUGGCGGAAUCAGCGGCGGCGGACGAGGACACAGAACAACACUACACCGGGCCCUGGCAG